GAAUUUUUCCAACCCGCAACUAAAGAAGGCCACCAAACGGCCAAACCCCACCGUCCGUCUCCAGCGCGCGAUCCACCCAUCAAAAAGCACACCCUCUCUUUCUCUCUCUUACCGUGUUCGAUUGCUUGACCGGUGGAUCACCGCCGCGGCCUUUCGCUCCCCUCGCUCUCUCCGCCGGAUUCCGAGAUCCGUUCCCCUCGGCGGGAAGAACCCCCCGGCCGGCCGGAGCCAUGUGGCGGUCGCUCUGGCGAUCGAUCGAUCGCUUCUCUCCUCAGUACUUCAAAUAUGUUGUCAAUGAGUUGCGGGGAAUCAAGGUUGUAGAUAGGAGUAACAGGGAGAUGGUAAUAGAUUUGAUGCAGUCUAUUGUAGAGACAGUCACCUACGGAGAUAGGCACGAUCCAUUGAUUUUCGAAUACUUCAUGGAAUACCAAGUUAUGGCAGAGUUUGUCCGUGUCUUAAGGAUCGGCAAAAAUUCAAGGAUAGAGGCGACUUUGCUUCAGUAUCUGAGCAUAAUGAUUCAGAACAUUGACAGUGAGCAAGCGACAUAUUAUUGUUUUAGCAAUGACUACAUUAACAACAUCAUAGCACACCCAUAUAAGUUUGAUGGAGGGGACUUGGCUCCAUAUUACAUAUCGUUUUUAAGAGCAGUGAGCAGCAAAAUAAACAGAGACACACUCUGCCUUCUUGUGAAAGUCGAUGGGGACAAUGUAAUUUCCUUCCCCCUGUAUAGUGAAGCUCUUAAAUUUGCUAGACAUGGGGAAAAGAUGAUCCAGACAGCUGUACGCGCAUUGAGUCUCAACGUGUACAAUGUCAGUGACGAUAUGGUCUUCCAAUUUCUAACAAGUCCGCCAUUAUCAAAUUACUUCUCAGAUUUGGUGCAGAGUUUAAAAGAGCAAUGCAUACGUUUAGAUACUAUUGUGCAUGCCAACAACGAGAAAUCCCCUCAAGGAAGAAUAAAGGAGUUACAGUUGGAUGCUGACAAGGUAGUAGAUGAUCUUUACUACUUGAAGGACAUAAUAUCCGUUGGUGAAUUGCGGCUGAGCAGAUGUGUUAUGGAAAAUCUUCUCAAGUUGCUUGUCCUUCCUGCCUUACUCUCAUUAUUGCAGCUUGAGGAGAAAAGCGACUCAAGUUUUUCUGCCGUCACUUCUCUCUACAUAGUUUCUCGUCUUCUUCAAGUUGUUGGCGGGAUAUCUUUGAUUAAUUUUGUUGCUGGCGUUAUUUUAUAUCCUUAUUUGGCCUCAAGCAAGGAAGAUGCUGCUCAAGGAAACAACUGUAAUGGAACUAGUGGCAGUGAUUCAUUUUCGAGAUACAUUUCUAAGCUGGAAGCAGUUGUAUAUGCUGAUUUUGAUUCUGAAGGAACAAAAAAUAUCAACGGAGAAAAUUCUCUUGGUUGCCUGGUGGGGUGCGAAUCAUGUGAUUCUCCUUCAGCUAAAAGGAAUGGAAUACUUGGAUAUGUAUUCUCUGACAAUCCCACUCUGUUGUUAUCAUCUCUGUACUUGUUGCUCAUCUUAGCAGAAAAUGAAGAUUGUGACGAUUUUCUCAGUAGAAUGAUCAAGUCAAUUGUACUCCCGCAAGAAAAGAUUGUCGAUGUGCUGUUGAAAGUGCUAGCAAAUCCACAAGUUACUGUACUAACAUUCCAGCAGACAGGGUGGUUCCUGGAAAAGUGGUUGCGUUGUCAAGGAAUGAAGCUUGGGAAUGAUAGCUCCAUGCUUUUUAAUACUUCAUAUGAGCAAUCCCGUGAACGACUUCAAAAAGAAUUUGAUGGACCCUGGUUCGAUUACAUCCCUGAUACUCUGAGAAAUGAGUGGGAGAGCUGCAAAAAAGAUCUUGAGGAGCCCGUAAACCGGAAAGACCCCCUUUUCACACUAGAGCUUCACAUCAACCAGCAGAAAGACGACAGCUGUGCAGCAACUUCUUCAGUUUCUUGGCAAAAGAUGGUAGAUGCAGUGAAGGCUUUUGUUCUGCAUCUUCAGCUCAAGGCAUUGAUUUGGAAGCAAGAUCGACCUGAUAAACUGGUGCUUGCUGUGGAAACUCUUUCCACUUCUGAAUCCUGGAAAACACGUUCUUCGGAUCAUUCAUCUGCAAAUUUUGGGGCAGAGGUUGCUCUAGGAUCAGCAUUCUCUUGCAGAAUUGCAUUUUCAAAUGCAGGGAUUCGUGACAUCUACGUGAUACCCGUCUCUAAGGGGAAAAGUGGCAAACUGCUUCUUAUGGAGAAACAUCCAUUCCGGACUCAAAAGGGGGUCGUAAUUGCUAUUGCUCCACUGCCUGGUUUAAGUCAGCCGAAGAUAGAGAAGGAACAUCCUACAUGGUUGCACCUUCAGAUAAGAGAGUUUGAUCCCCGAUUUGAUUCAAGCAAGACGAAAAGCCACCAUUUAAAGAGGUCUAAUCAUGUCACAGAUGGGAGGUGGACACUGGGUUUUCCCAAUGCAGAGGCUUGUAAGGCAGCUCAGUUGAUGAUACUUGAGGAAACAAGCAGGCAGAGAUCAUUCGUUGAACGGCAACUUGCACUGAUGCUCCGGGACAAUGCUCUUGUAGAUUAAGUAGACACUCAGGGUAAUUGAUGCUCUGUUGCUAAAUUGCAGUAGGCUUGUACAUUAGGUCGCUAACUAAAUUCUUAGUUCUCUCUUUUCCCUCUUGUCCCGUCUCUUUCUUGCCCCUACCCUGUUCAGAGUUUUGAUGUGUCAACUCGGUACCAGUUUUGCUGUAUAGUAUAGUAUAAUCCUCAUCACAAACAAUGCCACCUGUAAUAUAUUGUUUGUGUCCGGCCAUCACGGAAUCAUGGAUUAUUCCUUAUGUUCCCUUCUUAUCUAUAGAGCAUUACUAUGACUAAGAGCAGAGACAUUCGGAUUCACACUUUGUAUUUACUUCUGUUUUUGGAUCGACAUGCUAAUAAUGUCAAGACUUCCUAUUUGAAUUGCA